UUGAUGGUGGCAAAUAUAACCUCUGGGUUGGCUAAUCUGCCAGUUAGCUCAGACGGUGAGUUUAUUGAGAAGCCAUUUCCCAUAUUUCUGGUGACACAGGUCAAAGUUUUUGCUCUCAAAGUCCCUUAGAACUGCAUGUGUGAUUCUUGGGUGCAUGUUGAGAAUUGGGCAAAAAGCUGAAGAAACUCCGGGUUAAGGACCUCUCCGUGUCUAUGGAUGAUGACAGUGUAAUUUAUCAAAUGUCCCACAGUUACUCUGAAGUGCUUCCCGGGUAAACUGGUUCAGGAAUUUGGCUGGGCUCACUACACAUAUUCAUUGCCACCUAGGCAACAGAUUUCCUUUCCGAGGACUGUGUUCAAGCACGCACCACAGUAAGUAGUUAGUAGUGCAGGAGACCACUUAGGACAGAAGUAUGCUCUUUAUUUCAUCCCAGUGCUAAAACACACAUGUGAUUGGUAUUAGCCUUGCCCCUUUCUACUUAGUAGUUCCCAGCCCCUAUUUCUUAUUCUAUUUUCCUUUUUUCUUUUCUUUCUUUCAGUCAUCAUAUACUGUGCAUGUAACAUGCACUAAGCAUGAGAGGUAUUUUAAACUUUUCUCAUUCAACCACCCUGACCUAAAUCCCCAGCUAGACGCUAUAGCUUGCUAACUUAAUUUUUAAACUGAAAAGAGAAUUAAAACAGGAGAAAAUCAUAGAUUUCUAAUCUCUCUUGGUAGGGUUUCCCACUUCUAUCAUGAGCUAGAGUGGGAAUGAGGCAGGAACAUGUAGGAAAUGCCAAAGAACAGGUAUUUGAGGUAUUUAGGUGAAGUGUGUGACAAGGAGUAAAGGUCUGAGUAGCCAGUACAAACAACAAAUAUUUGCAGAGAAUACAUCUCUUACUGAUCACAGGGAAAAGCAAAUAUCUUCUUUCUUCAUGGGACAGAGAAGUGAGCAGAACAAGAUCAAGGACUAGCCAAACCUAUCAAGGGUCUCAUCUCUCAAUGACUAGACUGUGUGGUUAUUUGCAGUCCCUUAUAAGUGGGUGGAAAGAAAGCAGAGGAAGUGCCUGGUGACCUGUACAUGGGGAAGGCCGAGUGGGAAUAAGUAAGUUGUGUCCUGCUUAGGCUUUUACCUAAAAAGAAGCUUGGAGAUGGUGGGCGAGGUCUGCCCUGACUCUUGAGCUCCUUUCAGACCACAGCCCUUAGGGAAAUGGUUUGUAAUGUUUCUCAUCUCUCCUUCCCAGGGCCCUCUGGUCCAGACAUGCACGGCAUCAGAAUCUUCUAGAUACAAGUUGCACUGCUUCUUUGCUCCCUCCUGCUGUCCCCUAUGGAUGCCACUUUAUAUGAAAACAAGACAAAUGUUCUGCACCUCUCCUCAUCCUCGGGAGCCUGGCCACCUUCCUCAGAGCCCUUGUGCUGUCAGGCCCUGCUCCCACAGUCCCUGCCUGGCUUCACCCACAUGGUCCCUCUACCCAAGUUUCUGGUAGGCCUGCCACUAAUGAUUGCCCUGGAGGAAACUGGCUGCCAUGCUGAUGUCUGGGCCCUGAAGCUUCAACUCUUACCACCAGAGGUAUAAAAACUACAGUUUCUCAUCCAACAUCUUCAAGGGCUCCAGAAAGACAGAAACACAGGGAGGACAGUGUCAGUGGGUACCCUGGCCUCUACUCUGCAGCUAUUGGCCAUGGGGCAGCCAGGCCCAGAAAGGGCCCAAUGCUCCCUCCCUAUCAAGGACUGUGAGCUCGAAUAGGAACGUGUGCACCAGAUUGUCCAGAUGUUGCCGGGGACAGAAACUUACUACAACCUGGGGACAGCUUUGUAUUAUGCUGCUCAGAACUGCUUGGACAAAGCCAAGGAACGAGGCCAAGAUGGGGUCAUAGAUCUGGGUUAUGCCCUUCUGGUGACCAUGGCUGGACUGACAGGACCCACAGGACUUCUGUUCAGCACUGUGCUUAAACCUGCAGUGAAGGAUGGGGUCCAACAGUUGAUCCAGUACUACAGUGAGAGAAAGGCCAAUACCCCUCCUGCUGAGACAAGCAACGAGGGAUUGGGGGCCUCAGAUGUGAAUGACUGGGAAGAAACUACCCUGGCCCCCUUGGUGUCAGAUGUGGGGUCUUCAGCUCCUUCCUGGGGAUAGGCCUUUUUCAAGCGCUAAGACUUAGGUCCUGGGAAAGGGAGUCUUGGGAUAUAAAAGAAAGUGGUGGUAGGCAGGAAAAUAGAUAUGAGUGGAGUGGAAAGAGAAAAAGGCCUAAAAGUCCACUAAAAAGACCCAAAAGUAAUCAAUUAAAGCUCAAAAAGCUUGGCCUGGAAUAUUUGGAUAUUCCCCAGAUAAAGGAGGAUACCUCCGCUUAGCCCAUGUCUUUAUUGUGUUAAACAUGCAGGCCCAGCUGUAAACAACACAGUGAAAGGCAGGAAGGAUUUCAUCUUAAAGAUUGUAUUUUAAAUACCCAGGAAGUUAAAAAUGUAAGAUUCUUAACUUACUCUUUAGCAAACAGACAAUAACUCAGCCCACCUUGGGGGCUUGGCAGGCAGCCUGUUUGAUAUGCUCCCAGACCAAGACGCCAGUAUCCCAGGGAGAAAUCAGAGCAGGAAGUUCCUUGUGUUAAGUUAAUUCUAAGCACUCAAAGACCACUUAACAAGUCUGCACCCCCAGCCCUUAGUUACAUUCUUAAAGAAUCCUUAAAAGGGGGAACGCCCAACCUUUCAGGGUGCUCCUCUCUGAAGUUGCCCACACUUUCUAAGUGCAUAAACUUUUAACUUUAAACUCUCUCUUUUCAACCUUUCAGGGGGUGCUCCUCUCUCUGAGGUCACAUUUUCUAAGUGUGUAACCUUUUAAUAUUAAACUUCCUCUCUCUAAACCUUUCAGGGCACCUCUCCUUGCUGAGGUGGCCUGUACUUUUUCUCUCUUAAGUAACCUUAUAUAAAACUUUUACUCUGCUUCACUACUGUGUCUCUGCCCUUCAAUUCUUUGUCUCAGUGGGACAAGGACCAAGGAAAAUGCACAACACUCCCCCAACUGUAGGAAACAGGAUGAAUAAAUCUAACAUUCUGACACAUCCUGUGUGUAUGUGCACACAUUCAAAAUCCAAAUCUCUGAUUUGUUAUCGAGGAGGAAGGCAGAGCUGUAAAAUGUAGGAAUUUUAAAGGCUAGGGUUUGAAAUCAGAUGAUUUGAUUUUGAAUCUAGGAUUUACCUGCAAGAGCUUCAGAGAUCCCUGACUAGAAAUGUAACCUCUUUCUCAGAGCUCAGUUUUUUUAAUUUCUAAAGUGGGGAAAAUAAUUUUCACCUCUGGGGUUUGUGGACAUUAAAAACAAUACAGUGGGAGUCAAGAAUUCAAGAUGGUGGUAUGAGAGGUGAGAUGGAAAACUCCUCCCAAAACUACAUAUAGUGUGAAAAUAUAGUUAAUACAACUAGUCCUAAAACAGCAACAGAAGAGAAGGUUGCACCAGACUGCACACAGACCUCAUGAACAGAGCAGACUUCAUGAAACAGGGUAACAACGUAGGAAAGCCUUGAUCCGGUGAGACCCAAGCCCUUCCCCCACCCCAGUUCACGGGUGGAAGAGAAAGGAGCGGGAGAGGGUGGA